AUGUCCCGACAGGCCUACUUGCUCACGUUGUCGGGCUUUGAACCGACCAUGUUCUUGGCCAAAGCAACACAAACGGGUUACGUUGGCGCGCUGGAACAUAGACUUGAGGUGACGGAAAACACUCUUCUGCGCUUGCUGUCCGUUGUUAGCGAUGACACCAUAGAGGAAGCUUUCAGCCAAGACAGAUUGCCUCCGCAGAGACACUGCCAGCCUCCUGCCGACGGUGCCGGCUUGACUGGAGAUGGUGAGCCGAAGAAGAUCAGUUACAUGACCCGCUGGGAACAACUUCCCCUAGAUACAGCGCCUAAUGUUAGGCUUUGGGAAUCAUCAACACUUCGGCUUUCUAGUGGCAGCGCUGCCACGGACGUUCAAACAAACCAGUCCACCCGUGUUGCUGAGCCUGUCCUAAUAUUGCCCCAAUCAGAGACGGGCGGCAGCACUGGACCAUCCGAAAACCCUUUGAUUAUGGAGACGGAAGCAAUAGGCAGCGGCUACGAGGAUAAUCGAGUCUCCUGUACCGAUCCUGGCAUAUCUACAGAUCUGAUGUCAGGUCAAGCCAACAAGGAGGCGUACGUGGCGGUGUCGGAACCGGAACCAACCAGUGCCCAGCAACUGUUUCCGGUCAACAACUUUGGCUUAGAGCAAGAUCCACAGGUAGAAACCCUUGCAUUGCCACUUGAUUUCCAACAACAGUACCUUUGGUAG